UUGACAGCGCUGGUCGUACAAUACGAUUUUGUUUUAUUUAUUGCGAAAAAUCCUAAAAACGUAAUUUAUUUACCGCUCAAAAAGCCGAAGAGUCAUGUGUUAACAGUCUGAAAAACUGAAUCAGUGACCGUGCGGAUUGGUAGUGGUCAUACUAACCUCAGGUGUUAUGGACAGAGUUUGAUAGCAGCGGGAUUUUGAGGUUUUCUGUUGAAAUCUAAGUGCUGAAAAUGAGUUAUAAUUCGGGUGGGACGGGCGGGAAGGGGUUCGGUUUCGCCGGGUUCACGAUGCCGAAGAGGAACCCGUCGAAUGUGUCGUUGCACGCUGUGCCGCCGCCGACGACUCCGAUGCACGCCGUGCCUCCGCCGACAACUGGCCUAUCUAAACAGGGCUACUCCACGAUGACCGCGAUAACCCAGAACGCUGUGACCGGCAACUGGGGGACGCUGGGCAAAAAACGGGCGAAAACAGAAGAUGAGUAUUUUGAUGAUGAUGAUGAGCCAGCGACUCCUGCCCUGGCAUACAUCCCUGCUCCAGGCAGCCCUACCAACGAAGCAUCCAGUUCUAAGCGCGAUGAAGAAGAUGAAGAGGAUCCCCUAGACGCGUACAUGGCAGGACUGGAGAAGCAAGCCGCUAAAGACCUGGUGACCAGCAAGGAGAACGCUGCGAAGGGAGCCGACAGCACCCGCGGCGCCCGCGGAGACAUCGACGAGAUGGAUGAUGAAGAGAGUUAUUAUAAAUACAUGGAAGAGAAUCCACUAACGACAGCUGAUGAUGGAUCCGACCAGGAAAUAGAGUACGACGAGGAUGGAAACCCCAUAGCCCCUCCUAAGAAGAAGUUCAUAGAUCCUCUGCCUCCCCUAGACCACUCCGAGAUAGAAUACGAACCGUUUGAGAAGAAUUUCUACACGCCCCACGAGGACAUUGAGAGCUUGUCUCACACCCAGGUUGAGGAGUUGAAGAAGAAGUUGGGAGUCAAGAUUUCUGGACCUGAUCCCCCAAAACCGGUUAGCAGUUUCGGUCACAUGGGCUUCGACGAGCAACUGAUGAAGGCCAUACGCCGCUCUGAGUAUUCACAGCCCACCCCCAUACAGGCGGCCGGCGUGCCUGCCGCACUCGCGGGGAGAGAUAUUAUUGGUAUCGCCCGGACAGGGUCAGGGAAGACCGCGGCCUUCCUCUGGCCACUGUUGGUGCACAUCAUGGACCAGAAGGAGCUAGCACCCGGGGAUGGACCUAUAGGUCUCAUACUGGCACCUACCAGGGAAUUGGCACAGCAGAUAUACAUGGAAGCGAAGAGGUUCGGCAAAGUGUACAACAUAAGAUGUGUCUGCUGUUACGGUGGCGGUUCUAAAUGGGAGCAGACGAAGGCGUUAGAAGGUGGUGGUGCGGAGAUAAUAGUAGGAACCCCGGGUAGGGUCAUAGACCUCAUCAAGUGUAAGGCUACCAACCUGAAGAGAGUCACAUAUCUAGUGCUGGAUGAGGCUGACAGGAUGUUCGACAUGGGAUUUGAGCCGCAAGUCCGUUCAAUCUGCAACCACGUGCGGCCGGACAGGCAAGCCCUGUUAUUCUCAGCGACCUUCCCUCGCCGAGUGGAGAAGCUAGCUCGGGAUGCUCUGCACGACCCCGUCAGGGUCCAACACGGCGCCGCCGGGGAGGCCUGCGACCUCGUCUCCCAACAUGUCAGAAUAUUCAACAAACCAGAAGAAAAAUGGUCGUGGCUACUCAAAAACUUAGUGGAAUUCUUAUCGACGGGCAGUGUUCUCAUUUUUGUUACUAAAAAGUUAGACGCAGAGCAAACAGCAGCUAACUUAGGAGUCCAACAGUACGACGCGUUACUUCUACACGGUGACAUGGACCAGGCUGACAGAAACAAAGUCAUCACGGCUUUCAAACGACAGGAGAGCAGUAUUCUAGUCGCUACCGAUGUCGCUGCUCGAGGGCUGGACAUCCCGCACAUCCGCACCGUGGUGAACUACACGGUGGCGCGCGACAUCGACACGCACACGCACCGCGUGGGCCGCACGGGCCGCGCCGGCGUGCGCGGACACGCCUGGACGCUGCUGCAGCGGGACAAGGACAAGGAGUUCGCGGGACACCUGCUCAGGAACCUCGAGGGGGUGCAGCAGGAGGUACCAGAGGAGUUGAUGCACCUAGCGAUGCAGUCGGCGUGGUUCCGCAAGUCUCGUUUCAAGAAGGGCAAGGGGAAGAACCUCAACGUCGGCGGCUGUGGGCUCGGGUACAAGGAGCGGCCAGGGUUACCAGCCCACAAUGAUGACGCGACCCCCAGCGCUACAGUGGAGAAGGUCAGCCACGGGCCCGCCACCGACCGCCUCUCCUCCCUCAAACAGGCCUUCCGCUCGCAGUACAACCAGUUCACAGCAUCAUCGGACCACUCGUGGGAGCAGACGAUGUCGAGCAUCCAGCCCGGGGUCAACGCCCCCGCGGCGCAGCAGGAGGAGUCUCCCGCGCAGCAGGAGCGCGUGCGCCGCAGCGGCAAGCGCAGCCGGUGGGAGUAGCGUAUGCUGGGACACGGAUAGGUAUUGUUAAGGAAUCGCUUAGGCACGGUCAGUUGCCUAGUAAACUGUAUAUAUGUUACGGCAUGCUAUGAUGGCCGCUUUUGUUAUAAAUUACGAGGAGCGCCGGUUUUAAUCCCGGUAAUGGACUUGCAACAAUGAGUUAACCAUUAUAGACGGCGAUACGGCUCACCACCUAUCUCGGUCUAACAGAAAGCUCGGUGAGGUGUGGGUACUUCGUUCAUCUUGCUUUGGAGGUACCUCUGACUACCCCAAUUGGGAGUUGGGAGCUUAUAAUAUAUUUUGCUAGCAGCCUUCGCAACGUCAGACGCCCAAAUCGUUUAACUAUUGUGUCUGGAAAUCCGACCCUUACGAGGUUAACGUAACGUUCAAAUUCAAACCACAUUUGUCAGUACACUUUCAUCCUUUUCUUUUAGUCAGAAACGUCAUUUGCUAGAGUGAGAGAGUGAAUACACGCGGCAGAAUUGACGAGGCGAUAGCGUGUUUAACGUGCGGUUUCGCUCUAUCAAAUGAAGGUUCUGAGUGACAGAAAGAGAUAGAAGUAUAGGAAAGUGCGAUGCAGUGCUGACUUCAUGGUUGGGACAAAUGUCAAAGUAAGGUAUGCGCAACUAAAACACAUAAUAACGGGUUCUUACCGCGUUUAAAGAAAAAUCGAAAUCGAUCGCAACGGUCGAUCGAUUUUUUUUUCGAUUUUUCGAUCGUGUCGAAAUAUCGGGAGUCUCAUAUUCUUACUUUAAACGCGGUAAGACCCGUUAUUAUGUGUUUUAAUUAUGAUAAUAACCGCGUAAACUUAAAACAAUGUAUGCGCAACUAAUUCGAAACUCAUUGCGUUGCUUUUCAGUUGCUACUGCAAUUAGGGCUUCUCUAUGUUUACCAUCAGGCAUAGUUGAGCCAACACACUUGACCAAUUUAAAAAAAAAUGCGGCCAUUAUAGCGUGUUGCUAGUUUAGGGCACUGACUGUACUUUGAGAGUAUCAUAUCGUUAUCGGGCGUCAUUAUAGUUCAGAAAGAGAAAAUUAAAUCGAAAAAAAUCUCACUUGGACGGGAUUUGAACCCGCAGCUCCUGUCAAGCCGGGACGACCGUGUUAACCAUUAUACCACCGGGCCUCUUCCCAGGAUAAUAGUCCCGACUUCUCAUCAUCACUACAACAGCCUCCAUGGUUCAGUAGUUGAGCGUUGUGCUCACGAUCCGGAGGUCCCGGGUUCGAAUCCCGGUGGGGACAAAUCACAAAAACCACUUUGUGAUCCCUAGUUUGGUUAGGACAUUACAGGCUGAUCACCUGAUUGUCCGAAAAGUAAAAAGAUCCGUGCUUCGGAAGGCACGUUAAGCCGUUGGUCCCGGUUAUUACUUACUGAUGUAAGUACGUAGUCGUUACAUGAGUCAUGUCAGGGGCCUAUGGCGGCUCAGUAAUAACCCUGACACCAGGGUUGAUGUGGUUGGUAAUUCACCUCACAAUCCACGAGAUAGAAGAAGAAGAUCAUCACUACGAGUUCAAGUACCGUCGGAGUCAGAUUUUUUUUCGAUUGAAUUUUCUCUGUGAGUUUCCCUAACCAUGGGUGAGUGCUGUAAAAAUAAAAAUCAUCAUUAUAGUUCUCUAGCAUGGUGCGUGCAGGACAGAAAUAUAGAGUACUGCCUAGUGCGAAAGAGACAGACUGUACUAGUCUGGCAUCUAUCCUGUACGUUAUGCCAUGGUAUAAGAAAACCAGGUAUGCUCAAAUGUGACAGCUAACAUUUCAAAGUUAGCUCAGCUGACUUCAUCCCACCCUGCGUUGCCAUUUCGUAAAACAUAAAUUACCCACAACCAAUGUUUUUAUAUUUAAACCAAUGUUUUACCAAUGUUUUUAUGUUUUUGUUUUUAUGUAAAAUAAAAUAAAAAAAAUGUAUAUGCUUAUGAUAAAUUGCAUAGAAACGUGAUCCGCGCCGCACACCCUAUCCAUCCUGGUAUGGUCGCCAUGUGGAAGGUGUGUUGUUACGUAAUUGAAACGACGUGUGUUCUUAUUAAAGUCUCGUUUAUUACUAGCAGUUUUAUUAUAUUAUAACUAUAACUAAGUUACACCACUACACUUUGCAAGGAAAUUUUUAACUUGUAGUAAAAGAUUUACCUAAAGUUUGAAUGAUUUUUAUAUAUAAUGUCAAGUAAUAGGAAUUAAAUACAUUAGUCAGUAAUUUGCUUAAUUUUCAAUAAUAUUUACGUCCUUGGAAUGUCGGAGAUACCAAUUUAAUGGUAACACAGUGGUCACACUUACGUCAGCAAAGGGCUAGCAAUGGCGGCUUGUCAUAGGAUUGAGCAUACCUAGUUUUCUUAUACCAUGCGUCAUGCAAUAACGCAAAAGGUAUGGAGCAACAUCUAAUCAAGGCAUUAAUCUAAUCACCCUAAAGCACCAUAAUUGUAUUGUCACUUUAUAGUAAAAACCAUGCAGGCUCCAUUUUGCAAAAUCGCAUUCGAAUGUGAUUUUUGUUAACAGAACCUCGCAAUAGACGAGAUAGUUUCAAUCCAGUAGUGCUAACAUGCGCAUCGUGAUAAAAUUUUGUCUUUUUUUACCUUUGAUGGGUUUGAUCUCGGCCCCAGAUUUGCCCGAAGGCAUUGACGAGGCCUAAGAUGGAGCGAGCUCGCCCAGAAGGUGCCUGUUCACUCUGGCGCUUACUUGGUUUUCACUUACGAUACGUGCUGGCAUGAAAGAAAAUAUUUCAGACUUAGAUAAAAAAAAAUAACAGCAUAAAAUAGCAUUAAAUGAAGGCAGUUGUGUUUUAAAUAUAAAGUUAGUUUGUCUGUUAGUUAAAUAAAAUAUGAAUAAAAAAAUAAAAGCGUUAAAGAAUUCAGCUUCAGAGAAAAAUUUAAAGAAAUUGCCUACUUGACAGUUUUCGGAUAUGUAUUUUAAAAUUGAAUUUUUUCUCGAAAAAGCUUUAUGUAAUAGUAAAAAAAACAUAUUUUUCUUCAAUUAUUUUAAAUUGCGCGCGAAAACGGUUGGUCACGUGACGUUUUGCCCAGAGACGUCACAUUUCAACAAACAAAGAAACUGUCAAGAGUAUAACUUGAAACAUGACUGAUCGUUUUUUUUACUUUGUGAAAUGUGACGUCACACGAAGCUCAAUCAUGGACAGAUGAAAUGAUGAGAUAAUGGGCGGAAGGCAAGACGGAAACCACUGCCCUAUUUUUCCCUAAAAAGAAUGCUACACCUACAAGAGCGUGGCUCUUAAAUUCUUAAUAAAUACAUAUAUUGGAUAAUUAUUGUUAAAUGAUAAACUACCAUAUCCGACAUAUUUCAUGUUUUAUUGUUACAACUGUCAGGUAGCCAAUUAUACGAAAAUCUCAAAUCCCAAAUUGUAAAAAGAAGUUAUUUUUUUUUAAACGCACACUAGCAAAACGGGAAUAAAAAUUGAGCUAAAAAUCUUUUUAGUUAAAAAAAAACGCAUAAUCUGGUGACAAUAAAACUUUAAUGUUUUUUUUUAAAAAGCUGAAGUGUUAAAGCAAGAUUGUGUUUGUAAGGGAAUAUAUUUUUUUACAGUCAAAUAGUGAAACUGCUUAGUAAUGUAGGUAUAAAGGUCACCCAAUUACACGACUGCUGCCUUACUAAUAAAAUAUCAUUGAAAUAUGGGCUUUAAGUCGUGGUCUUGCGAUAUAGUUUAUAUUGGCCCCGAUUCCUGUAGACACCUCCUAAUUUUACUUUAAGUUAUACCUGUCAUUUUCUUAUCCGCCGAAAAGGAAAGGGACGGGUAAUCGACAAGUGUAACUUAAAAUAAAAUUAGAUGGUGUCUACAGGAAUUGUCAGUACUAUUUAGAGGCGGAGGGCAGGAGUCCUAGUAUGGCUUUGUAAUAGAUUACUCUGGGCGCCAUCCCACUUGUGUCAGACAGAGCACUGCGGGGCGGAAGGCAAGAGGGAAACCACUGCCCUAUUUUACCUACAAGAGCUGCACCGACAAGAGCGUGGCUCUUAAAUUGAUGAUGAUGACAGGAAUUAGCAAUAUUGACAACAUAAAUUAGCAGACAGCUUGGUGUCAGCUUGCUUCCCGCCAUCAGACUGCUCGGUAGUUGACCAGAGUUGGGGCAGAGUCGUCAAAUGGGUCACCUUAAAAGUAUAAUACGCUUGUAUAAGAGUUUCUUUCAACACGCUUGCACGGUAUCCUAACCUGUAUAUCUGUAGUACGACUGCCAAUAAUCUCCCUAGCGUUAUCCCUUCUUUUAUCGUGUGGGUUGUGAGGUGGAUUACCAAUCCCAUCAACCUUUGUGUCAGGGUUACUAUUGAGUCGCCAAAGGCCCCUGAAAUGGUUCAUAUAACGACUUCUAACUUACAUCAGUAAGUAGUAACCGGGACCAACGGCUUAACGUGCGUAUUAACGGUUAGAAGAAGCGUUAUCGCUGAAGAUUUGACAGGUCCGGUUUUUUUACAGGAGCGGCUGCCUGUCUGACCGCACAUACCUCCGUAUUGAAUUUCUUUGGAAUGUGGCUUUCCUCAUGCUGUUUUCCUUCACCGCUGAGCACGUAGUAUUCAUAUAUGAUCCAAACAUGAACUCGAAAACUAAUUCGAAUAUCAUUGGUUUUGAUUCCCCAGUGUCGCGGCCUUGCAAUAGACUAAACCGAACUGUCAAAAGUUACAAAUUUUAUCCGCUAGGGUUAUUUUAGUGAGUAAUUUUGGAGCCACUUUCGUUUUUUCUCAAUAUUUCUUUAAAUUAUAAACAUAAAUAGCUUGUACUGACGGGGAUGAUUCAGUUAUGAUUCUGAGUUGAUAUCAAGUGAAGUUUUAUGUCGGAAAAUUUAUAUUUUUUUGUGUUUUUUUUUUUAAUUAUUUUCAGUUCCAUACUUUUGUGACGGAAAAUUCCACCCAUUAUGGUCUGAAUCAUCUCUCAAAGUUUUCGUUACGAUGUCACUAACACCCUGUAUACGUCCCAAUGCUGAACACAGCCCCCCCUCAAUGACCCGGAGGAGAUAUGGUGAAAGUAUUAAUAGGAAUUCGCCAAAGGUAUUCUUUUUUAAUUGCCUUUGUAAGCGUGUUGAUGGCACUUUUAUUAAAGAUAGAUAAUAUGUUGAAUGUACCAAAUGCUGUUCACGAUUUACCUCGAAUUAUGCCUUGGUAUAUUACCUUUAGUGUAUUGAUAUGUUUCUUACCUAAGUUGCCAAGUUAUAAAAAAAAAGUUAAAUGUGUAAUGAAUUGUCUGGUCUCGUUAUGUGUGUAAUAAUAUAAUUUAACAUGUAUGUAAAUAGGAAUAAAAAUGCUAUAAAUUCUUUGAUUUA